AUGGCAAACCAUCAUUUACUUACAUGGAAAGAAAGGAUUAUGAUCACCCUUGAUAUACUCAAUGCACUUCAUAGAAUCCAUAAAGUUGAUGCUAUUCAUAGAGAUUUGCAUUCUGGAAAUAUAUUACAUUCUCCAAGAAAUUAUAAUUGGUAUAUUAGUGAUUUCGGUUUUUGUGGUCCUGCUGAUAAACCAUCGGAUAGUAUAUACGGAAAUCUUCCCUAUAUAGCACCAGAAGUUAUUGCUAGAAUCAAAGAAUACACUAAAGCAUCUGAUAUUUACAGUGUUGCUAUACUUAUGUGGGAAAUUUCAGCGGGAAAACCACCUUUUAAGGAUCAUAAUUAUGAUAAAGAUCUCGCAAUGUGUAUCGUAAAUGGAAUGAGACCAAAAAUAUUACCAGGAACUCCUUUAGAAUAUAAAAAAUUAAUUGAACAAUGUUGGGAUGCUGAUCCAUCAAAACGACCAGAUAUUAAUACUCUUUAUGAUGAAGUAAAAAAAAUCAGUAAAUUAUAUUAUCAAAAUAAAAAUGAAACUCAAAUGAAUAAUUAUCACAAUAAGAUUAAUUUACAAAUUAAAAUAAAUAAUAAAACAAGUAAAAGUAUUGAUUUUCUUUUCAAAAGUUCCAAAGUUUAUUGUUUUAAUAAUUUUCCUAAUCCAAGAAAUGCUACCAAAG